CUUCGAUAAACGUGCUACUCAGAGACGAGCCAGCCUCUCACCAGUCCUCUCUUCCGACUGUCGUGGAUACAAUCCACAGUCAAUCGAUCUCCUGCUCUCGCACGCGCCCUGCUGCCUCGAACUCAAGCUCCUCAAGGCCAGCGCCUCAUCCCGGAGCAUGAAUACGAAGGCCUCAGAUGUAUGCGGGACUACUGGCGCCGCGAAGCUGCUCGCAUUCGUCGCGACUACCACUGGACAAGAGACGAGGCGGAGAGACAACGAGGUCAGGCGCACGUAGCAAGGGAGGAGGCCGAAAGCUACAGGCGUCAGCGAGACGAAGCGUAUGCUUUUAUAGAAGAGCAUCGAGACGCUGCCUCUCGCUUUCUCUUUGUGCAGCACGAACGGCUGCCUGGUCCUGGCCUUCCUCGCUCGGAUGGACCAUUCUCUCCCCUUCGCUCGCCAUUCGGGGGCCCUCAUCGCACACAUCGUCGCACGCCAGCCGAUCGACCCUGGGCCAGCUCUCCUCCUGGUUUCCCCUCGUCCAUCACUCGCCAGUGGGAUCGCACACGGUCACAAUGAUGUCACGAAGACAGCAGGUACUCGUACACGUCCGCCGGCGUUGGCAUAAACCCACACGCAUUCCCACUAUCACAUCCAAGCUACCGGAACAAGGGUCCAGAAGGGCAGUGCGCAGCCCUUAACACUUCACCUCAAGGCCCUCGUAUACUAUACAGCACUCUCUUUCGACGUGUGCUCGACCGGCAUUCACGCUGUCUACUCAUGCGACAUUGUAUCGAACUUUGCUUCCUACUGUCGAAAUAUCGAUGGUGAAACAGUCUUUGAUCGCCUAGACGAAUACUCUGAGACACUUUGUCCUUUUGUACGACAAGGGAGUUCUGACUCUGCCUUCCCGUUGAUAAUGUAUGUAGCUCUAGCCGUUCGCCGUGCCUUUGCUGUCCUGUCCUUCACGAAUUGAAUCUACUAUGAACAACCAC